AAGCCUUCGAGGUGAGGAGCAGAACGCCGAGGCUUCCUGACCUGCUCAGAGCACCAGACGAACUGGCUACAGGCUGAAGGAACCCUCACCUGGCUUGGUACACCAGCACCUCCCUCCCACACGGUCCUGGGCUGGGAAGCUCCCUCUGCAGCCAUGGUCUGGAAGAAACUGGGGCCCGGCAACUUCUCCAGAUGUCCCAAUGGCUCUAGCCUGUGGAUCUGGGAUGUAUUUGGCGAAUGUGCCCAGGAUGGCUGGGAUCAGGCCAGUGUGUUCCUGGGCUUGGUCUCCAUCCUCUGUUUUGCUGCCUCUACUUUCCCUCAGUACAUCAAGGCCUGCAAGACUGGCAACAUGGACCAGGCCCUGUCCCUGUGGUUCCUCCUGGGCUGGAUUGGUGGAGACUCCUGCAACCUCAUUGGCUCCUUCCUUGCGAACCAGCUGCCCCUGCAGACCUACACGGCUGUGUAUUACGUCCUGGCCGAUCUGGUGAUGUUGACCUUGUACUUCCAUUACAAGUUCAAGAAACGCCCCUCGCUGUUGUCUGUGCCCAUCAAUUCUGUGCUCCUGUUCAUCAUGGGGACAGUAUGUCUUGUGCCGCUGCUCAGCAGCCCGGGCCCUGUGGCUGUGCCCAGCGAAGUCUUCCGGGGGCGGACGCUCCUGUCUGUGGAGCUGGGCAGUAAGGGGAGGUGCGGCUCACCCCAAGGCCCUCCCUGCCAGGUCAGGUUCACGUUGGUGCCCUUCACGAAGCAGGAGAUCAUUGGCUUCGUCAUCGGCUCCAUCUCCAGCGUGCUGUACCUGCUGUCCCGGCUGCCGCAGAUCCGCACCAAUUUCAUACGCAAGUCCACCCAGGGGAUCUCAUACUUGCUGUUCGCGUUGGUGAUGCUGGGGAACACGCUGUACGGGCUGAGUGUGCUGCUCAAGAACCCCGAGGCGGGGGAGAGUGAGGGCAGCUACCUGCUGCACCAUCUGCCCUGGCUCGUGGGCAGCCUGGGCGUGCUGCUGCUGGACACCAUCAUCUCCAUCCAGUUCCUGGUGUACAGGAACCGCCCCACCUCGCCAGAGCACGAGCCCCUCCUCCACAGCUGAGCCCUGGACGGAUGGACGGUGGGGACCGCCUGACCCAGCUGCCCCCUGCCAAGCCCCAGUCCUUCCGGACUGACCCGACGGACUCAGCCUUCCAGAUGCAGGAUGGCCUCCACGGACAAGCCUCCCCAGGGAGCCUGGCAGGACCCAAGGCGCCCUUUCCACUACCUCAUUCCACCCGCACGUCCUGGGGGCGGGCCAUGGCCCCUCCCCCACACAGCCAUUGACUAGUAAACGGCACUCCCCGCCCGGAGCCUGCGUCCGCUGCUCCUUCCUGGGGUACUGACCUCUGGGCUUCUGGUGGGACACGGUGGCUGGCAGGGACCAGGCUGAGCCCAGAGCAGCGUCCGGGGCCCCUGGUUUCUUUGGAUGAGUGUCUGUGCUCUCUCUGGCUGUGGGGACACAGUGGCCAGGAUGCAGCAACCCUGCUUCAGGGCAGGUCGGGAGCAGCAGGUGGAUACGUCUCGGCCCACGCUGGCCAUUAGCUCAUCGCCUGUGGGUGGACAAUGUGAGGGUCAUGCGUCCCUCUGGAGGAUUAACAGGGAGGGGU